AUGAAAUACAGUGAGGCCUUAUGGGAACACCUUAAUCUAAGUCACCAAGGAGAAUUCAUCUUGUUGGGAGUGGCUGACCGUCCACACUUGGAGAUGUUGCUUUUUGCACUCGUCCUGAUCUGCUACACGAUGACCCUCCUAGGCAACACAACUAUCAUUGUUCUAUCUUGGAUAGAUCCAAACCUCCACACUCCUAUGUAUUUCUUCCUUGCAAACCUCUCCUUCCUUGACCUCUGUUUCACCACCAGCCUUGGACCGCAGAUGCUGGUGAAUUUUUGGAGAAUAAGGAAGACCAUCACCUAUGCUGCCUGUGUGGGACAGCUGUACAUCUCUCUAGCUUUGGGCUCUACAGAGUGUAUUCUGUUAGCAUUCAUGGCUUAUGACCGGUAUGCAGCUGUCUGUCAACCUCUGCACUACACAGUCAUUAUGAGCCAGUCCCUGUGUUUUAAAAUGGCUGCUGUUUCAUGGGUGAGCGGCUUUGGCAACUCACUGGUGCAAUCAGUGAUGACUCUUAAACUCCCAUUGUGUGGACAGAACAAGGUGGAUCAUUUUUUCUGUGAAGUACCAGCUUUUCUCAAACUGGCCUGUGUGGAUACUUCAGUGAAUGAAGCUGUGCUUUUUUCUGCCAGUGUAGUCUUCCUCCUAGUUCCACUGAGCCUCAUCAUAGUCUCUUAUGGUUACAUUACAGUUGCAGUGGUGAGGAUCCGCUCAGCUGAAGGCAGGCGCAAGGCUUUCAACACCUGUGCCUCGCACCUCAUUGUGGUUUCACUCUUCUAUGGCACUGCCAUUUUCAGUUAUCUCCAAUCCCCGUCCAACUACUCCCGUGACCGAGGCAAGAUGAUCUCCCUCUUCUAUACGUAUGUCACCACCAUGCUUAACCCAUUAAUCUAUACACUGAGGAACAAAGAGGUACACAGAGCUCUAAGAAAAGCAAUUAACAGGAAUGCAACAAUGUAG